GCGGACGCUCCCCCUUCCUUCGGCUCCAGCCGGCGCAGGCAGCCGCCGCCGCAGCAAGCUAGCUGCGGCCGCGCGAGGCCAUGAAGGUGAAGAAGGGCGGCGGCGGCGGGGCCGGGACGGGGGUGGAGCCCGCUCCAGGGGCCUUGGGCCGGAGCGUGGAGACCAAGCCGGAGCUACAGGCGGAAUCCGAAUCCGGGUCCGAGUCGGAGCCGGAGGCAGGCCCGGGGCCCAGGCCGGGGCCGCUGCAGAGGAAGCAGCCGAUCGGGCCGGAGGACGUGCUGGGGCUGCAGCGGAUCACGGGCGACUACCUGUGCUCCCCUGAGGAGAAUAUCUACAAGAUUGACUUCGUCAGGUUCAAGAUUCGGGACAUGGAUUCAGGCACUGUUCUCUUUGAAAUCAAGAAGCCCCCAGCCUCAGAGCGGUUGCCCAUCAACCCACGGGACCUGGACCCCAAUGCUGGGCGCUUUGUCCGCUACCAGUUUACGCCUGCCUUCCUCCGCCUGAGGCAGGUGGGAGCCACCGUGGAGUUCACAGUGGGAGACAAGCCUGUCAACAACUUCCGCAUGAUUGAGAGGCACUACUUCCGCAACCAGCUGCUCAAAAGCUUUGACUUCCACUUUGGCUUCUGCAUCCCCAGCAGCAAGAACACCUGCGAGCACAUCUAUGAUUUCCCCCCUCUCUCUGAGGAGCUGAUCAACGAGAUGAUCCGUCACCCAUAUGAAACACAGUCGGACAGCUUCUACUUCGUGGAUGACCGGCUGGUGAUGCACAACAAAGCAGACUAUUCCUACAGCGGGACGCCCUGACCCCCAAACCACCCCCUACCCCAGGAGGGUCCUGGGCCCGCAGCUGUGACCACCCCAGCACUCACCUCUCAACCCCAGGUCUUCUGCCUGGGCAGUGCUCCAGAAGCCCUGAACCCUGAGUCAGUGUUGGGAGGGAGGGUGCCUGACGUCCCCCGUCCAAGUCUGUGCAGCCCAUGGGGCAUGGCACGUGGGGUGGGGUGGUGGGGGGCUGUUUGCCUCCAUAGCCAGGAAGACCUCCCAUGGGAGGAGUAGCCAGGACUUCCGGACAGCUGAGCUGGGCCUCUUGGGCCCAAGUUUCAGAAUAGUGUUCCCCUAUCCAGGCUUUGACUAGGUCGGGGCAGGGACCCAUUCCCUGUCCCCUACCCACCACUGACAGGCCAUUUAGAGUUGUUAAUUCACAGAGGAAGGUCCUUGUGGGGUCUGGCAGUCAAGCUUCCCAAGGGGGUCUGGGCCCUGACCGCAGCCCCGGCCUCUACCAUCAGGGGCUGAGAUCCUGCCUGAGGUGUGGGAGGGACCUGCCCAGAUUGCAGCCUGGGGUAGGGGCUGGACCAACUGUAUAUAGUUUUCAAUAAACUCUCCUUUUCUGUUC